CCACAGCCCAAGGCCAUGACCGAGGAGCAGAAGCUAAUUGAGAAGGCCAACAACGCCUUCAAGGCGGCCGUGGCGGCCGCAGCCGCAGCCCCUCCAAUGGACAAGGGCAAGAUAUUCGCGAAGACCUUCACGCAGAUCUUUGGCAGCUGGUCUCUUGAGGGGGUCACCGACACGUCCAGCACCAAAGCCAUUUUCAACUCCAGGGUCGGCUUCACUCUGGCGUGGGCCUCACAGAAAGCCCAGGGUGCUACCCCAGAGGCCAAGUACGAAUCCUUCGUGGCCAUGUUCGGCAAGUCCCUUCGCAUCAUCACCGGCAUCCUCGAGGUCCAAGCCGGCGAGGAAGUCAAGGGGCCGAUCCCUGCUAGCGAGCUCAAGGCCAUCGACCAGAUCGACGCCGCCUUCAGCACUGCAGCCACCGCCGCCGAAGCUGCCCCCAAAAAGGACAUGUCCACCGUCUUCGACUCCGCCUUCAGCAAGGCCAUCAAGGAGACCACGGGCGGUGCAUACGAGGGCUACAAGUUUGUCCCCGCCGUCGAGUCCGCCGUCAAGAAAAGCUACGCCACGUUUCUUCCCAGGAAUCCCCACGACAAGCGCACGCUCAUUGAGUCCUUCCUGAGCGACACCAUCGUCUCCAUGGCCGCCGUCGUCGCCCCCGCCCCUGCCACUCCCACCGCCACCGCCGCUGCCGGUGGCUACAAAGUCUGAGCUCACCGCAUAUACUGCACGUAGAUAUGCAUAUGCGUACGUGUGUAUGUGACUGUGGCAGCCGGCGAGUUUGAUCGACAAUCAAAAUCAAUUAUUAGUUUUUGUUUCAUACACCGGCGAUCGAUGACCUCUUAGUUAAGUACUCUCUCCGUUCGGAAUUACUCGUCUAAGAAAUGAAUGUAUCCAGAUGUAUUUUAGUUGUAGAUACAUUCAUUUUUGUGACAAGUAAUUCUGAACGGAGGGAGUACAUGAUAAGCAUGGCCAUCAGCUAGCAUAUUCCAUUCAUUUUCGUAUAUUACAUUCUUGGCCAUUCAGUUUUCACCAGCUAUUGGAACACUAAAUUGUAACCAACCAUGCAUGUAGAAGAUGUCAUAAUACACAUACUUUCUACUUACUGUAUUUAUAUCUCUAAGCUGAGCUGCUUGAUUUGUAUUCUCUGA